AUGUCCGAUAUCAAACCAGAAAAUACUUCUGGGGAGGCAUCGUUCUCCGUAGACAAGUCCAUUGAGAAUCUCAUCUCUACCUUCAAUGAACUCAACAGCAACGUGAUCGAUGAGUUUCACGAUGAGCCCAGUCCGCUCGAGUUCAUGCGAUACGUCGCUCGCAACACACCCUUCGUCGUAAGACGCGGGGCUUCCUCGUGGAAAGCAUGUCGCGAGUGGAACUCUGCGUAUCUGCUCUCCGCCCUAAAGGGCCAAUAUGUGAACGUUGCUGUCACGCCACAUGGUAAUGCUGACAUGCCUACCGUUCAUCCUGGGGAGGAGUCUCUGGUCUUUGCUAAACCUCACUAUGAGGACCAGCCUUUCGAAGAGUUACUCGAGUAUGUAGCUCGCCAGGAGACGGACCCUGAAUUUCCUGUCGAUGCUGAAGUCCGAUAUGCACAAACUCAGAAUGACAAUCUCCGUGACGAGUAUAUAAGUCUAUUCUCAGAUGUACCAAAAGAUGUUCCUUUCGCAAGAAUAGCGCUCGACAAAGAUCCUGAUGCUGUCAAUCUGUGGAUUGGAAACUCCAAGUCAGUAACGGCCAUGCACAAGGACAACUACGAGAACAUAUAUGUUCAAGCCUUGGGAAGAAAGCACUUUGUUCUACUACCUUCACUCUGCCAUCCUUGUGUCAACGAGCAGCCCCUGAAGCCUGCAACAUACAAGCGAGGAGACAAUGGCAUGCAGCUUGAGAUGGACUCUAAUAAAGAGUCUGUCCCUUUUGCUAUUUGGGACCCCGAUAGGCCUGAGCAGAACGCUACAAAGUUUUCACAUCUUGCUCGACCUCUGCGAGUAACACUGAAUCCUGGAGACAUGCUAUAUCUUCCAGCUAUGUGGUAUCACAAAGUUUUGCAAUCAUGCGGCGAAGAGGAUGAAGGGUUCGUCCUUGCUGUCAAUUACUGGUAA